AUGCGUGGGCACUCUUGGGAGAGGUGGCCCAGCAUCCCUUUCUCUAUGGCUCGUAGGACCUCCGUCUCUACCGCUUGGUUGCGAAAACCUCUGUUUAAAGCGAUGGCGGCUGUGAGCUCUUCUCUCUGUGAGGAGCAGUUCCUCUGCUGCAUCUGUCUGGAGGUCUUCACUGAUCCAGUCACAACAUCGUGUGGACACAGCUUCUGCUGCAUCUGCAUCAACAAACACUGGGACAACAGUGUCCACUGCAGCUGUCCAGUCUGUUUACAGAACUUCAGACCAAGACCACAGCUGAAGGUCAACAUCUUUAUGUCAGAGAUGGUCUCUCUGCUCAGGAGUAAGCCUCAAGGUGAAGACCUGGUGAUGGAGCCUCAGACCACUGCUCCAGGAGAGGUGCUCUGUGACCUGUGUCCAGAGCCCAGGCUCAGAGCCCUGAAGUCCUGCCUGCUGUGUCUGCUGUCGUACUGUGAGAGCCACCUGCAGCCACACCUCACAAACCCCCGUCUGAAGAGGCACCAGCUGCUCCACCCUCUGCCCAACCUGGAGGAGCGCAUCUGCCCUGAGCACCAGCUGCCCCUGGAGAUCUUCUGUAGAGACCACUCACUGUUGGUUUGUCUGAAGUGCAUCACUGAAGAUCACAGAAACCAUCAGACAGUCUCUCUGAAGGAGCAGGGAGAGGAGCAGCAGGCCACCCUGAAGCAACAGAUCAAAGACAGAGAUGUGAAAGUCCAGGAGAUCCAGCGCUCAGUGGAGCGGAGUCAGAGAAACGCAGACACAGAAAUACGAGAAGGUCUUAGAGUCUUCACCGCUUUGAUGGAGUGUGUUCAACAAAGUGCAGACAGCUUCAAACAGAGCAUUGUAGAAAAGCAGCAGCAGAUUGAGGAGGAGGCCUCUCAGCUGAUAGAGCAGAUCCAGACAGAGAUCUGUGAGCUGGAGCAGAGAGGGGCUGAGAUGGAGAAACUGUGGAGCUCUGAAGACCACCUGCACUUUGUCCAAACCUUCACUACAAUCAAACCUGCUCCACAGCUCAGCGCCUGGAGGCAGAAGAUCCUUAGGACCCCACGGUACAUGGGGAGAACCGGAGAGAUGCCUUUCUUUCUGGCCCUUGGCUUGAGCCUGGCCUUGGGAACUAUGUGCACCGCUGCUUGCCCGCUUCAAUGCAGCUGCUUCUACCACAAACUGAGCGACGGAUCCAAAGCCAGGAGCGUCCUCUGUAACGACCCAGACCUCAGCCAAGUUCCUUCCAACUUCCCCGCGGACACGUCCAAGCUGAGGUUGGAGAAGACGUCGAUCUCCCGCCUGCCUCCCGACCGCCUCCGCGACCUGAAGCAGCUGGCCUUUCUCUGGAUGUCCUUCAAUUCCAUCUCCUCCCUGACCUCUGGAAGCUUCCGCGGCCUCGAGAACCUCAUCGAGCUACGCCUGGAGGGAAACCUGCUGGCCGGGUUCCCCUGGGAGUCGCUGGAGCACAUGCCCGAACUGAGGCUGCUGGACCUGCACAACAACAGGAUUUCCUCCGUGCCCUCCGAGGCUGCGGCGCACAUCCGGAACCUCACAUACUUGGAUUUGUCCGGGAACAAACUGGGAACGCUGCCUGGGAAUGUGCUGGCCAUGUGGCUGGGCGCGAGGCCGGGGGCGGAGUCCGAGUCCAAGAGGAUUCUGGGUCUUCAUGAUAACCCGUGGGUGUGCGACUGCCGCCUCUUUGACCUGGUGCAGUACCAGCGCUCGCCUGGUUCCUCUGUGGCCCUCAUGGACACGCGGCUGAAGUGCACUUCCCCCGACAGCCUGGAGGGGGUGCUGUUCUCGGAGGCAGAGCUACAGCGGUGCCAGAGCCCCAAGGUUCACACGGCUGUGGCCCGAGUGAGGAGCUCCCUGGGGAACAAUGUGCUGCUAAGGUGUGGGACCAUGGGAGUCCCUGUACCAGAGCUGACCUGGUGCAGAGCGGAUGGAAAGAAGCUCAACGGGACCAUUCAGCAGGAGCUCUCUAAAGAAGGCAUCAUCUGGUCCAUCCUGAGCGUUCCGGCCGUGUCCUACCGAGAUUCGGGGAAGUACGUCUGCAAAGCCACCAACUUCGUAGGCACUGCAGACGCCGUCAUCUCCCUGGUCAUUACCGACUCCUUCCGGUCCGAGGAGACAAGCGGGACCUCCAAGCGCAACCGUGGCGGGCGCAAAAACGGCAUCGGGCGCGCCGCCUACCAAGAGAAACUCAUCGCCAGAUACGUCCCGCCUCCUCCGACGGGCGCGCCAAACCAACCCAUCAUUGAGCCGCUGAACCAGAAGGCAGCGGCGACGGGAAAGUACGAGAUCGAGAGUUACAGCGUUUCUCAAGACGGCAAAAGCACGUCGCCGGAUAGAGAGGUUUUGAGCAACAUCGCGGCUAACGCUUCUUCGCUACAAGCUCCGGAGAAACGCGUGGUGCGGUCCGUCAAAGUGAUCGGAGACACAGACCACACCGUGUCCUUGAACUGGCGCGCGCCAACUGCCACCAAUACCACCGAAUUUAGCGUCCUGUAUGCCGUCUUUGGCGAACGCGACAUGAGACGCAUCAACGUGGGAACUGGGAAAAACCGCAUCACGAUUGACGGACUCGUACCGAAGACUAAAUACAUCGCCUGCGUCUGCGUUAAGGGGCUCAUACCGAAGAAGGAGCAGUGCGUGAUCUUCUCCACGGACGAAGCGGCGAGCGCCAGCGGGACGCAGAAGCUGAUCAACGUGGUUGUGAUUACUGUAGCUUGCGUGAUAGCCGUGCCGCUUACCCUAAUAGUCUGUUGCGGAGCGCUGAAAAAGAGGUGUCAGAAGCUGCUGGGGAGAGAGGCGAAAGAUAUGCAGGAUUCAUACGUGACUUUUGAGACUUUGGGGCCGGCCGGGAAGCCCAAAACCGGGCUGGAAACUGAUUUUCUCACGCGGUUAGAUGAGUCAAACAGGCUGCUGUCAGCGAGGUCCAGUGUGGAUUCGGAGGCAACGGCCAGAACGGAAGGACUGCCCAACGAGUACUUCUGCUGA